AUGGAAGCUCAAGGUAGAACAACAAAUGUAGGCGAGAGGCCAUAUAUGGGUAAAUCAAGGAAAGGCUGCAUGAGAGGGAAAGGUGGUCCCGAAAACGCCAUGUGUAAAUACAGAGGUGUAAGGCAAAGGACUUGGGGAAAAUGCGUGGCCGAGAUCCGAGAACCCAACCGAGGUAGCAGGCUUUGGCUCGGUACUUUCAAUACAUCUUUUGAAGCCGCACUGGCCUAUGAUGCAGCCGCUAGGAAACUGUAUGGUUCAUCGGCUAAACCCAACCUGCCUCAGCCUCAGCCUCAUGAUGAUCUUUGUGUUAUGCAGUCACCGCCAGGUUCCAGUAGGAGUUUUGGUUCAAGUCAAAGUAGUGAAGAGAGGCUGGUGACGAGAGAAAUGAACACCAAAGAGUUUGAAGGGUGA